GGGAGGAGAGAACUAGCUCUGGAAGUGGAGUAUGUACGAGGAAUCCACGGUGGCUAACUGCAGUUAGACAUUCCGACAACCCUUAGUUUUUCGUCAUGCAGGGAUACAUACCGAAAUAGUUCUGUAGUGCAUAGGAGAGGAGCUGAUUGAAAACGUUUUUAAACUGUUCAUCGCUCAAGCUAUUUUGGAGAACGCCAUACUCUGUCAAUUUGCUUAUGACAGUGAUGCAAUUCCAAAAUCCAUGUAAUUUGAGUGUUUCAAAUGUUGGAUUUUAAACACUUUCGACUGUUUUGGAAACACAUUUUUUUAAAUUUAAGCAUAGCACAUCGGAGCGCCCAAAAAGAGAAGGGAGGGGGGCAAGAAAACGCCCUGUUGCUGAAUCUUCUUAAAAUUCUAACUUAAUCGCGGUGUGGAUCACAGAGAACAGUCAUAUGGAAUAUGGUACUAUAAAUGUCUAUCUUGAUUUGCAUUCAACUAAAUCUCCGGACUAAUUGGCAAAUUUGCGGAGUUGCGCUUCUCCGUUUAUGGUGGAUUAUUUUUUUUCUUCUACAUUGUGGAUACUGCAAUUCCGAGGCGAUUAUAGAAGGAGGCUGCUAGGCCCACGGCCAUUGCCCAAGAACAAAAAGACUUUUCCCCAUGUAAACCCAAACAGUUCUCAUAAGGCUCGUCUUAUAUGUAAAAGAAACGGGCAUUAAUCAAUCGCAAAAAUGUCACUUGGUGCAGAGAGAAGGAUGGAAAACCGGUUGAAAAAGCUGGAGGCCAUGAUCAAAGAUCCAAGAUCUGCGAUAAACUUGGAAAGUUUACUCGAUUCUAUCAAUGCCUUCGUUCUAGAUCUAGACUACCCUGCCCUACGGAAAAACAAAAAUGUAGAAACCUUUUUAAACAGAUAUGAGAAGGUGAUGGGGCACCUACGGGACUUUCAGAUGAAGUCUGAGGACUUUGACAGGGUGAAGGUGAUCGGCAGAGGGGCGUUUGGGGAGGUUCAGCUGGUUCGACACAAAGCCUCUCAGAAAGUGUACGCCAUGAAGCUGCUGAGCAAGUUUGAGAUGAUAAAACGCUCAGACUCAGCCUUUUUCUGGGAGGAGAGGGAUAUUAUGGCCUUCGCCAACAGUCCCUGGGUCGUACAAUUGUGCUGUGCCUUCCAAGACGACCGUUACCUUUACAUGGUGAUGGAGUACAUGCCUGGAGGGGAUCUGGUGAACCUCACCAGUACCUACGAUGUGCCUGAGAAGUGGGCCCGGUUCUACACGGCCGAGGUGGUCAUGGCACUGGAUGCCAUCCACUCCCUGGGUUUCAUCCACCGCGACGUCAAGCCUGACAACAUGCUCCUGGACCGCCACGGACACCUCAAACUGGCCGACUUCGGAACCUGCAUGAAGAUGGACUCUACUGGGAUGGUGCACUGUGACACAGCGGUUGGCACUCCAGACUACAUCUCUCCAGAGGUUCUAAAGUCGCAGGGUGGAGAUGGUUACUACGGACGGGAGUGUGACUGGUGGUCUGUAGGGGUCUUCAUCUUCGAGAUGCUAGUCGGUGACACACCAUUCUAUGCCGACUCCCUUGUUGGAACAUACAGCAAGAUCAUGGAUCACAAGAAUUCCCUCAACUUUCCAGAUGACGUAGAGAUCUCCAAAGACGCCAAAAACCUCAUCUGUGCCUUCCUGACAGACAGGGAGGUGCGACUGGGCCGCAACGGGGUGGAGGAGAUCAAACGACACCCCUUUUUCAAGAAUGACCAAUGGAACUUCGACAGCAUCAGAAAUACGGCGGCUCCUGUGGUUCCAGAGUUGAGCAGUGACAUUGACACUAGCAACUUUGAUGAGAUAGAAGAUGACAAGGGUGACGUGGAGACCUUUCCUACUCCUAAGGCUUUUGUGGGAAACCAGCUUCCUUUCGUCGGCUUCACAUACUUCAAGGAAGACCAGUUACUAAGUGGUGUGAAUAACUCUACAGUUGUGACCGUGAACUCAACAGCCUUGAAAGGAGAGUCGGCCAAGCUACAGAAGAAACUCCACCAGCUGGAAGAGCAGCUCAAUAAUGAGAUGCAGACCAAAGAUGAGCUGGAACACAAGUGCAGAACUUCCACCAGUCGUCUAGAGAAAAUCUCCAAAGAACUUGAUGAAGAGACGAGUAGCAGAAAGGCUCUGGAGUCGAGUCUGAGGCAGCUGGAGAGAGAGAAGGCUCUACUGCAGCACAAGACUGUGGAGAGUCACCGCAAGGCCGAAAGCGAGGCAGACCGGAAACGCUGCCUGGAGAACGAGGUCAACAGCCUCCGAGACCAGCUGGACGAUAUGAAGAAAAGAAAUCAGAACUCGCACAUAUCCAACGAGAAGAACAUUCACUUACAAAGACAGCUGGACGAGGCCAAUGCUCUAUUGCGUGCGGAGCAGGAGGCGGCUACGCGGCUGAGGAAGGCCCAGACGGAGGCAGGCAAGCAGCUGCAGGCUCUGGAGGCCGGGGGCAGAGAGCUGCAGGACAAGUGCUGCCUGCUGGAGCGCUCCAAGCUCACUCUGGAGAAGGAGUGUAUCGGGCUGCAGGCAGCACUGGAGGCUGAGAGGAGAGAGCACAGCCAGGGCUCAGAGACCAUCGCAGACAUGCAGGGGCGAAUCUCAGGGCUGGAGGAUGAGGUUCGGCAGGUGAGACAAGCCCUAUCCAAAGCAGAGACAGAGAAGAGACUACUACAGGAGAAACUCACCGACCUGGAGAAGGAGAAGAGCAGCAAGGAGAUAGACAUGACGUACAAGCUGAAGGUGUUGCAGCAGGGGCUGGAGCAGGAGGAGGCAUCGCACAAAGCCACCAAGGCACGGCUCGCAGACAAGAGCAAGAUUGAGUCGAUCGAGGGCGCCAAGUCUGAGGCCAUGAAGGGUAAGGCCCUUCCUGAGUUAUCAGACAUGGAGCAGAAGCUGCAGGAGGAGAGGGCGUCCAAGCUGCGUGUGGAGAACAGGAUGUUGGAGCUGGAGAAACACAGCAGCAUGCUGGAUUGUGACUACAAGCAGUCCCUACAGAAACUGGAUGAGCUCCGCAGGCACAAGGAGAGGCUCACCGAGGAGGUGAAGAACCUAACUUUGAAGAUCGAGCAGGAGACCCAGAAGCGCAGUCUGACCCAGAAUGACCUGAAGGCCCAGAACCAGCAGCUCAACACCCUGAGGACCUCUGAGAAGCAGCUGAAACAGGAGGCUAACCACCUGCUGGAAAUCAAACGCAGCCUGGAGAAACAAAACCAGGAGCUACGCAAAGAAAGGCAGGACUCGGACGGCCAAAUGAAGGAACUUCAGGACCAGCUAGAGGCUGAGCAGUAUUUUUCUACGCUGUAUAAGACCCAGGUGCGGGAGUUGAAGGAGGAAUGUGAAGAGAAGAGCAAGCUCUACAAGGACAUGCAGCAAUCCCUUCAGGAGUUACAAGAGGAGAGGGACUCCCUGGCGGCGCAGCUGGAGAUCACGCUGACCAAGGCGGACUCGGAGCAGCUGGCUCGCUCCAUCGCUGAGGAGCAGUACUCCGACCUGGAGAAGGAGAAAAUCAUGAAGGAGCUGGAGCUCAAAGAGAUGAUGGCUCGGCACAAGCAGGAGCUGGUCGAGAAGGACAUUACCAUUGGCUCGCUGGAGGAGGCCAACCGAACCCUCACUAGCGAUGUGGCCAACUUAGCCAAUGAGAAAGAGGAGCUCAACAACAAACUCAAGGAGACACUUGAAGAGCUGCAGACGUCCAAGGAUGAUGAGCAGCAGAUGAGCCAGAUGAAGCUCACGUUUGAGAAGCAGCUCCAGUCAGAGAGAACACUAAAGACCCAGGCUGUGAACAAGCUGGCGGAGAUCAUGAACAGGAAGGAGGUACGUGCAGCAGGCAGUCGGCGCGGCAAUGACACUGAUGUGCGCAGGAAGGAGAAGGAGAACAGGAAGUUGCAGCUGGAGCUGAGGUCAGAGAAGGAGAAACUCAACUCCACCAUCAUCAAGUACCAAAGAGAGAUCAACGACAUGCAGGCGCAAAUAGCAGAUGAGAGUCAGGUACGCAUCGAGCUGCAGAUGGCCCUGGACAGUAAGGACAGUGACAUUGAGCAGCUACAUAACCUCCUCAGCUCCGCCAACGUCUCCUCCCUAGAAUCAGCCAGCCUCAGCAGUGGACCAGACUUUGACGCGGAUGACGCCUACACAGAAAUGAGACUAGCAGGGUGGCUCUCGCUGCCUGUGAGGAACAACACCAAGAAGUUUGGAUGGGAGAGAAAGUAUGUGGUUGUAAGCAGCAAGAAGAUUCUGUUCUAUAACAGCGAACAGGACAAAGAGCUAUCCAACCCCUACAUGGUGCUGGAUAUUGAUAAACUCUUCCAUGUGCGGCCUGUCACUCAAACAGACGUUUACCGUGCUGAUGCCAAAGAGAUCCCCAGGAUAUUCCAGAUUCUGUAUGCCAAUGAGGGAGAGUGUAAGAAGGAGCCAGAGUUCCCAGUGGAGCUGGCCAGUGGAGAGAAGUCCAGCUACAUCUGCCACAAGGGCCACGAGUUCAUCCCUACGCUCUACCACUUCCCCACCAACUGUGAGGCGUGCACCAAACCCCUGUGGAACAUGUUUAAGCCUCCGCCCGCCCUGGAGUGCAGGCGCUGCCACAUCAAGUGCCACAAGGACCACAUGGAUAAGAAGGAGGAGAUCAUCGCGCCCUGCAGAGUGAACUAUGACGUGUCCACGGCCAAGAACCUGCUGCUGCUGGCCGUGUCUCAGGAGGAACAACAGAAGUGGGUGGGACGUCUGGUCAAGAAGAUCCCCAAGAAGCCCCCGGCCCCCGAGCACUUUUCCCGCUCCUCGCCCCGUUCCUCCAUGAAGGUCCAGCCCAGCCAGUCCAUGAGGCGGCCCAGCAGACAGCUGCCCCCCAGCAAGAGCAGUUAACCUUACUUGGAAAUGUGGUUCAGGAUCGAGGUGGUGGGUGUUUCCUCCUAACACGCAAUCAAGACUGAUAACAAACAAUGUUCCACUUGGCAUUUCCUCCUUGCACAGCUUUGAUUCCACUUCACUCUUCCAGACGACUUCUCUUCCCAUUUCCACCUUGAUAGUCCUAUAGUAUUUGGCCUUGUGUCGAAUUAUCAGUUAUGUCCAGUCACUUCAACUGCUAGUCACCCAUGAACGAUGUGCCAACACACCUACCUGUCGUCUGUGUGCAUAUGAAGAGCAACUUCUCUCCAGGUUCCUUUAGGAGAGGGGCGGUUGGAUGUCAAGGCCAUGGGAAGGGGUUUGGCUUUGGGCUUUGUGUAUCCCGAUUUUCACUCAACACAGAACAAUAGCCUCAAUUACGCCAAACAAAGGGUUGAAGCACUUACCUUGACAACACUUAAAUAGAAAUUCCUCAUUGGAAAGCAGAGAUCAAGAGGUAAGCGAUUUGAGGUGCUCUGCCAACCUGAAUGCUUGUGGCCGAGGCAAAGACAUUUUAAUAAUACAGUUUACAAUUACAAGCCAUCAUAAGUAUCUACUGCAGAACACUACGCCCACAAGAGAAUAAUACUGUAAACUGGUAGGUGGAUAGAGCUGAAGUUCAGAUGCUAACACUGACCUUAUAGCACUUCACCCUGGCAUUGCCUUAAUGUACUUACCACGCAGCAUGACAAUUAUUAGAGGGAAAUGUUUACUGCACCAGCUGAAUGCAAUGGUGCACCAUUAUGCAGCAUUAAUAUCAUAGCUUGACUCCUUCAUUGUUUGAAUGUACGUCUGGGCACACCAGAGAUGAAACACAAGCAUUGUAUUACUUAGAAAUGAUACUGUUUAUUUUCUAUUCAAAAUCUACUUGAUGACCCCUCCACCAUCUUCUGUGUGAUGUUGCAUGUGUUUUACGUUUUGCCCCUAAGGCCUCAAAGUGCUGUUGACUACAUGCCUUUCCUUUUGGUGAAUGCACCCGUAGUAAGAAUGUUUUUUAUUCCUGUGAACAAGUGGGGGGAAAAUCGAAAGUUUACUUAUUUUUGUUGAAGAAAAAAAAAGAAGGAAAAGUUUCUGCAAAUGUAUUCACAAGCUGAAGGUAUUGAACAGUAACCUGCAAUAGAAGCUUUUCAAAUGUUUUUCUCCGAUAUUUUUGUAAAGAAUUCCUCUUUUGGCACGUUGUGUGUAUCUGGCUCAUACUACAGCUGGAGAGUGAUGUUGUGCUUUGAGUGCUCUCCUUUAUCCAAGAAGCUUCUGAAAAGCACGUUUUAUACAUAUAAAUAUACACGGUAUAUAUUUUACAUGACGACAUACAGUGCACAUUGUAUUAUUUAUACUGCCUUGUCCACUUUGUAUUUAAAGGCGCAUCAUCCAGACUGCAUGUUUGAUAUUGCUAGAGUAAAGUUCAUGAUAACCUGUUGAACAAUAAAGAAAUGUAUGUGCCUUCUGGUUUA